UUUUUUCUCUCUCCUUCUCCAUUUCCAGCUGUUUUUUGGAGCACGCAGGAAGAACCAGGGAAGUUCUCCACCAAUUGUUUCGGUCCUGAGAGGAGCUCGGCGGUCGGACCCUCCCUCCUUCUAUCUCUCUCCCCUCUCUCUCCUCUGUCUCUCUCCCCCUCUCUCUCCUCCCCUUGUUGUGACAGAGCACACCUGCUUGAUCUUGGCUGCACGUGCACUGAGUCCAAUUACCCCAUAGGCCCUCGCAGCCACUUCACAGUCUCAUCCCCCCAAUCGACUGGAUUUUUGGGAGACAAGCUCAUCUCGCACUUAAACUAUCCUUGCCUUGCUUCAACUGAGAACAGGCUCCCUGCUAGCAGCACCAUGAGGUCGGCCUGUCUCUCUCUGCUCCUGGUCACCGCCUGCUGGGCUCUGCCCUUCCACCAGACCGGCUUUUUAGACUUCAUGAUGGAGGAUGAGGCGGGAUCAGGUAUCCAUGAAGAGACACCAGAGAUCUCUCGUCAGGUUCCUCCAGUCGGGGGUUCGCCGGAAGGACCCAAGUGCCCCUUCAGAUGCCAGUGCCACCUGCGAGUGAUCCAGUGCUCUGACCUCGGUCUGAAGACAGUUCCUGAGGACAUCCCCGCUGACACCACCCUGUUGGACCUGCAGAACAACAAGAUUACUGAGAUCAAGGAGAAUGACUUCAAGCACCUGAAAGGACUACAUGCUCUGAUCCUGGUGAACAACAAAAUCAGCACCAUCCACCCCAAAGCCUUCAGUCCUCUAUCCAAGCUGCAGCGUCUCUACCUGUCUAAGAACAUCCUGAAGGAAAUGCCCGCCAACAUGCCCAAGAGCCUGCAGGAGCUGCGUAUCCACGAGAACGAGAUCUCCAAGAUCAAAAAGGCCUCCUUCCAGGGCAUGUCCCAUGUCAUCGUGAUGGAGCUUGGGUCCAACCCUCUGAAGAGUGCAGGAAUCGAGGCCAAUGCUUUCGCUGACCUGAAGAGGGUCUCUUACAUUCGCAUUGCAGACACGGACAUCACCGAGAUCCCCAAAGGUCUGCCCAGCUCUCUCUCUGAGCUCCACCUGGAUGGGAACAAGAUCUCCAAGGUGACCGCUGGCAACCUCCAAGGCUUGAAGAACCUGGCCAAGCUGGGUCUGAGCUACAAUGAGAUCAGCUCAGUGGAAAAUGGCACUCUUGCUAACGUUCCCCACCUGCGAGAGCUUCACCUCGAUAACAACGCUCUCAUUAGUGUUCCUGCUGGCCUGCCCGACCACAAGUACAUCCAGGUGGUCUACCUCCAUGCCAACAAGAUUGCAGCUGUGGGAACGGGAGACUUCUGUCCUCCUGGCCUGAACCACAAGAAGGCCAUGUACUCUGGCAUCAGCCUGUUCAGCAACCCCGUGCCUUACUGGGAAGUUCAGCCCAUCACCUUCCGCUGCGUCUUCAACCGCUCCGCCAUCCAGCUCGGCAACUACAGGAAGAAGUAGAGGCGUGUCCUGCGUGCCUCCGCAAGGAAGUGUGUGUUUGUAAAUGAUUGUGUGAAAGUUUUCUAAGUAUGCGUGUUUGACUAAAGCCCCACAACACUGACCCCCACCAACAAUGCCUCCCCAACAAAUGACAAUGCCAUUAUUCACAAACUUUAGUGGACUUUAACGCAACUUACCAUUUUUAUUGUAGCUUAAAGGUUGGUGCAACAGUAGUACACAAGGCUUACAGCAAACACCAGCAUAUUACGGUGAUGCUCUCACACACAGCACAUCAUUCAUAGAAACAGUUAGGCAAGCACUAACAUUGCAAAUAUGUUCUUGCAUACAUGUUAUUUUCAUUUAGCAGAUACAUUGAACUACAGAGGUGAUUUUUAACCGAAUGGAGAAUGUUUAAAAACCCACUUUAAGUCAACUUUCUUGACCUUUAGCCAUUGUAUGAAUUUUAACAAACCUGGCCUGUAGAGCAGGCAGCAAGGGGUUAACAUGUGUUUUAAAAUACCUUUAACAACUGGUAUAGUAGAAUGUACUAGAUAUUACCUGUGUACUAGGAAUAGCAUUCAGAGUGUAUUGUUAUCAUGCUGCACUCCUUGAAAGAACUUUGAAUUUCUAUUUCUAUUGUAAUCAAUUCAAGUAGGGAUAAAAGCAACCGUGUCUUCUUUCA